ACCCCCCUGACCCUCCCGGUGUUUCCCUCCCCACAGAUGGCCGGAGAAGUGGCGGACAAGAAGGAUCGGGACGCAUCCCCGGUGAAGGAGGAGAGGAAACGUUCCCGCUCUCCGGAACGGGACCGGGAACGGGACCGGGAGCGCAAGGGCUCCCCCCCGGCCAAGGAACGGAAGCGCCACCGAUCCCGGGAGCGCCGCAGGAGCCGAUCCCGAUCCCGGUCCCGCUCCAAGUCCACAGAGAGGGAUCGGCGGCACAAGGAGCGGGACCGGGAGCGCAGCAAGAAGGAGCGGGACAGGGACAAGGAUGGGCACCGGAGGGACAAGGACCGUAAGCGGUCCAGUUUGUCCCCGGGCAGGGGGAAGGACUCCAAGUCUCGGAAGGAUCGAGAGGCAAGGAAAGCAGAGGAAGAGGAGGAAAAUGCCCUGAAGAAGGAGAAGGGCUGCGCGGCCGCCCGGCAGUUGGGAGCCGAGGGUUACCUGGAGUGCUCGGCCUUCACCUCGGAGAAGAGCCGGGAAACCAACGGCACCGAGGAUGAGGAGGGCAGGCAGAAGAUCCGGGAGGAGAAGGACAAGAGCAAAGAGCUCCACGCCAUCAAGGAGCGGUACCUGGGCGGGGUGAAGAAGCGGCGGCGCACGCGGCACCUCAACGACCGCAAGUUCGUGUUCGAGUGGGAUGCAUCAGAGGACACCUCCAUUGACUACAACCCCCUGUACAAGGAGAGGCACCAGGUGCAGCUGCUGGGCCGUGGCUUCAUCGCCGGCAUCGACCUGAAGCAGCAGAAACGGGAGCAGUCGCGCUUCUACGGGGACCUGAUGGAGAAGAGGAGGACGCUGGAGGAGAAGGAGCAGGAGGAGGCGCGCCUGCGGAAGCUGCGCAAGAAGGAGGCCAAGCAGCGCUGGGAUGACCGGCACUGGUCCCAGAAGAAGCUGGACGAGAUGACAGACAGGGACUGGCGCAUCUUCCGUGAGGAUUACAGCAUCACCACCAAGGGGGGCAAGAUCCCAAAUCCCAUCCGCUCCUGGAAGGAUUCCUCCCUGCCCCCCCACAUCCUGGAGGUCAUUGACAAGUGUGGAUACAANUUCUAUCCAGACAACCAUCUCCUGCCAUCCUGCAGCAUCGAGGAAUCAGACCAGGGACCCUACGCCAUCAUCCUGGCCCCCACCCGUGAGCUGGCCCAGCAGAUUGAGGAGGAAACCAUCAAAUUUGGGAAACCCCUGGGCAUCCGCACCGUGGCCGUGAUCGGCGGCAUCUCCCGCGAGGACCAGGGCUUCCGGCUCCGCAUGGGCUGCGAGGUCAGUGCUCAGGGGUCUCUGGUGUUUUGAUGACUCCCAGGUGUUGGAAAAUCUCUUUUUCCCAGCCCUGAGAGUGAAGAAGAAUCCAGUGUUCCUUGGCUUUCCUUCUCGAGGUUGUUUAUUUUUUGUGAUCUU